UGGCCAUCUAACUUGGACUGCAAAAUUGCUUCAGCAUGCUCCGCAUCUGCUUCUUGAUUGUUAUGAUUAUCAAUUUCUCAACAUUGCACGCUUGGCUCGCUCUUUACCAGCAAACUUAUCUCGCCUGUUCGGAUCUCUGCAGAGCAACCGAAAGAAGGGAACCACUUAGACUCGGUCAGCGUGUCACGCGAAAUCGAAAUUAUGUACAGCUGCGGAUUCAGUGCCUCAUGGAUUGCAUUCGUGGAUGAUGGAGGAAAGUAGCAUUGAGUUGAAAAUUGCGAUUAGUGACAUAAGUGUGGCUGAAUUGGAUCAUCUCAUUCACUCUUAGCAUGGUUUAGAGUUCAUCAACGCGAAAAAUGAUUUGCUCAUCUCUGUCUACCAUUAUAAUUUACUCAGUGACUUCGUAAUGCUUACCAUCUUUGAAACAUGCGUAAUAAAGAAACAUUUCAC